AUGGGAUGCUAAAUUGGAAAGACCAAUCAAAUUUAAAUUAGAUCAAAAUACAACAAUCUUGUAGGAACCAAGUUUUAAGAGGCUAUUGAAAAUAGCAAUCCAUAAUUAAAAUAUUUGUAACAUUAAUGGAAUCAAUUUGAAUUAAAAGAUUUUACUGCAGCACUUAAAUUCAAAUAAAGUGAUCCUGUAAGAUUUAGAAAGUAUCUAAUGAAUGGUGCUCUCUCUUCCAAUAGAUGGUAAUUAUGGAAAGUAUCCUUAUUUGUGGAAAAUAUAUUUGAAUCUGGGUGUUAUGAGACUUUACUAAAGAAUUCACAAAAUCAGUUUGAUAGUGAUAUUGAAAAGGAUUUGCCUAGAACAUUACCAGGCCAUCAGUUAUUUAACAAAAAAUCUUAAGCGCUUUAAAAUCUUCUGAAAGCUAUUUCUAUCUAUAAUAAUGAUUAUGUAACAGGAAUGAAUUAAGUAGCUGGAUUCUUAUUAUUAAUAAGUGGAAUGGAUGAAGAGGAAGCGUUUUGGAUGCUAAAUUAUUUGAAUAUCAAUCCGUAAUUCAAAUUUAUUUAAUUAUAUCAAACGAAUGAUUAAUAGAGUAUAAAGUAAUUUAGUUAUUAGAUUAAGAGAAUCAAUUUGAAUUUGUCACUAAAUUAUUAAACAUAUUCCAUAAGCAUUUUAAAAGUCAAAUGCCAUAACUGUAUCAACAUUUUGAAAGUUAAGAUAUCACUUAAUAUUGUUAUAUAUGGAAGUGGAUAUUUUCAUUGUUUUUAUAGACAUUCCCUUUUGAAGUGGUGCUGUACUUUUUUGAUUUCAUGAUAGCCAAUAAUAUUUUGGCAAUAAUUUCCCUAUCUCUUGGAUUACUUAAACAUUUUCAAUCUCAUCUAUUGAAAUUAGAUUAAGAGUAGAUCAGUUAAUUCAUAACAUAAUUAUCAGAAUGUUCAGAUGUUUUUGAUCGAUCAAAACAUUCAGAUCAUUUGUGUGUUGAAUAAAUAAUAUUGUAUGCUUCCCAAUAUCAUGAAACAUUGGGAUUUUCUAAAUUAGAAGAAACUCUGUAAUGA